GAUGAUCAGGUGUAUGUGCUGUUCUCUUUUGCUAUUAACGGAAAAUAAAUAAUAAAAACUCUACGGAUCAUUGGUUAAAAUCUCAAUAAUGAAGAUAGUUACAUGUUUCACCUUCAUUUGUGCAUGUGCCAUUUCAUUCAGUGGAGAAGUUAAAGGCCUGAGUGACAUCUUCUGUCCGCCUAAUUAUCAUCACUGCGACGGCACAUUGUACUGCUGUCCAUCUGGCUAUAUCUGUAUUGGGUCAGCUACAUGUCUUCACCUAGCAGUCAUUAUCGGUCCUAUCGUAGGUCUGGUGGUCCUCAUAGCCUGUGUGGUCGUCUGCUGUAUCUGCUGUAGGCGAAGACGGUCCACGCCCGGUGUGGUAUACAGUCCUACACCACAGGGACAAAUGUAAACAUUCGUGUCAAUUAAUAUGUAUGCAAAACAAGACUUUGUAGGACUUUAUGUACUUAAGAAUGUGACGUUGCCUUUCCUAUACCUUUUAGAUAUAUUUGUAGCUUACCCUUUGUAGCCGUUAUAGCUUUACUGAUCAAAUUCUUCCGACAUCUAUACAUAUAUAGGUCAUCUACCUAGGUUUCUCACUUUUCACGUCUAAUUUAAAGACAAAGGUUUGUGAAUGCGUAAGAAAAAUCUAAAGGGGUGGGGAUAAAUUGGGAGAGGAAUUAAUGUGCAUGUUUUUGCCUUAUCAAUGAACAACAGGUGAGCGCGAUGGCCUUUUACUCAUUUUAUUGUUUAUUUGGUGCUAUAUACUUUCAUGCGGGUGAUUAAUCGAUUAUUUUUGGAAUUUCACAAUAAUUUAAAAUAUAAAUUUUUGCAUCAAUUUUGAUGAAGGAGGAAUAUGCCUUAUAUGGUCAUAAUUAAAUGUACUUUUCUUUAAGAAUUUGUCAAUACUGUAGUAAUUGUGUGUGUAAUAAGCUAAAAUGAAGACGUUCUAUUCUUUUAUUCGAAUAUUUGUCAUCAAUUUAUGUACUUAUUUGAGGUACUUACAUCUGUAUUUUUUUCUUAUAUUUAUAUGUUCUUUUUCAAACAUU